AAUCAAACAGAACCUCGCAAAAGACAAAACACCCAACUGGUUUUAUUCAUUUCAGAAAAAAAUGCCUCUCUCCCUUUCAUCCAGACUCGCAAACUCAGUCACAGCAUCAAGAUUCAACCACCCAAGACACUACCUCAAUCACGCUCGCACUGCCCCCUCCCAUCUCCACAACCUCUUCAUCCCCGUCAAAACCCCACUUCACAAUCCCACUCUAGCAUUGACCAAAAACCCAAUCUUUACCUCAAAAACCCAGAAAUCCACUUCAGUCUUAAACUGCGCAGACCCUAGCGAGUCUCUGCAUCUUUCACAACCCUCAGAAACUCAAGAACAGACCCAGAAGAAGAGCUUCUGGGGAGCUGUCAGCUUGAUCAUUGGCACGGCAGUGGGACCAGGGAUGCUGAGCCUCCCUGCCCUGACCAUCAAAUCUGGUCCAUUCCCUUCAACCAUUGCAAUUCUCUUAUCAUGGGUUUAUGUUGUGUCGUCCAUAGUUCUUGUUGCAGAGCUCACUUUUGCAGCCAUGGAGGAAGAAGGGGUUGGGGAGGUGAGCUUCACUGGCCUUGCUACUAAGGCCUUGGGGAGCGGUUUUGGGGCUCUUGUGGCCAUUGUGUAUGCUUCCCUGAGCUUUUCUCUGUUGGUGGCAUGCGUUUCUGGGAUUGGUUCCAUUUUCUCUCAGUGGUUCCCAUGGAUGGAUGUUGCAUUGGCCUUUGGGUUGUUCCCUCUGGCUGUCGGGGUUGUCAUUGGGUUCUUCCCCUUUUAUGCAAUUGAUGCUGCAAAUAGGCUCUUGUGCUUUGUUAUGCUCGUGUCUAUAAGUGCACUGGUGGGGUUUGGUUUGUCUGUGGCUAGGAGUAAUGUGGUUGCUUCCUUUUCUCAUGCCUCUUGGAGCAUGUCAUCAAUUUUGCCGGCCAUACCAGUCAUGGUACUGACGCUGGGGUUCCAUGUGAUCACCCCUUUCAUUUGCAAGAUUGCCGGAAAUUCAGUUCAUGAUGCUAGGAAAGCUAUUCUAAUUGGUGGUUGCAUUCCAUUGAUUAUGGUUUUGUCGUGGAAUUUGAUUGUUCUGGGGCUUUCUGGGACUAAUCCCACUGCUUCACCUGGAGAUCCCAUAACCCUUUUGCUCUCUGUGAAGUCCUCUGCUCUGUCAGCGGUUCAAGGUUUUGCCUUUUCUGCUCUUGGUACUAGCUUGAUAGGCUAUGCUGUAAGUUUCCCAAAGCAGCUCGUUGAUACCCUAGACUUGAUUUUCCAGAAGAACAACGGAGGGAAAAAUUUGAGUCCUGCUCCAAUGAUCUGUCAUGGAAAUGGAGCUGGUAGAGUUGGUUCUCUAGGAUAUUUGAGGUUGGAUUAUGUUGGUAAUCCUGGCAUCAUCUCAUUUAGUAGAUUACAACAUUCAUCAGCUCCAGAAAAUUAUGCAACAUCGAGCAUAAGGGCAUUUGAUUCCAUUGAAGUUCUUGUAUUGCCAGUGGUACUUGGUGCUUCGGUUCUUAUAGUGUCCUUCUUUCGCUCGACUUUUUCUAGAGCACUUGAUUUUGCUGGGGUAUAUGCUAACUGUUUCCUAUUUGGGAUCCUUCCUCCAUUGAUGGCAUACAUUCAGCAAUCCAGGAAGAAGCUCAGGCGAGAGAUUCUACCGGGAGGAAAUGUUGCUCUUCUGUUACUCUUUAGCGUUGCUGUUGCUUUAGGAAUUUGGCAUUAAGCACACCUAGUAAUGACAAACCAGCGCCUCAAACAAGUCGAGGCUCACCUCACCUAUUUCUGGUUCAUUUUCUUCUUGCGGUUCAGAUCUCUUGAGACGAUUAUUGUUGCUUUCUCUCGGCCAGAUAGGAACUGCAUGAAGGAGAUGUAUGGACAUUUUUAGUCCAAUCGUCGACAUUAUGGACCCAUUCAUUU